AUGGCUCACAGGGCACUGUCAGGGCUGCUGUUGUGUGGCGUUGCUGCGGUCUUCCUGGUACUGCUGCAGGGUGCACAGUCAGUCUACAUCCAGUACCAAGGCUUCCAGGUCCAGCUGGAAUCGGUGAAGAAGCUGAAUGACCUGGAGGGGCAAUGGAUGCCCAGCCCUGACCUGAAAACCCAGAGAUCCCAGUCCUCCAUGUGCCACUACCCGUCCCUGCCACUGGACCUCCAGCCCAUCUGUGCCUCUGGGGAAGCAGACAGCAUUUUCCAGGACUUGAGGACCAUCGCUGCUGAUGACUGCGAGCUGUGCGUGAAUGUUGCCUGUACUGGCUGCAGCUAA